GGUUAACCAUGGCUAUGCAGAUGAAACCAUCGGUAUCAUUAUUGAUUAUCCUGUUUGGUAUGGGUAGCUGGAUUGCUAUCAAUGGAGUCUGGGCAGAACUUCCUUUACUGGUCUCAAAACUACCUGAAAAGUGGGAUCUACCAACAUAUCUUGUUCUCAUAAUCCAGGUUGCAAACAUUGGACCGAUUAUAUUUACCAUUAUGCGGCAGUACAAAAAGGAUCUGGCUAGUCUGAGGUACACUGCAUAUUUGAUCCUUCUGAUCGGUUUUGCUGCUGCCAUUUUGUUAUCCCAAUUCUGGGACAAGGAGGUUAAGAUAGGGUCAAAGCAAUCGAGUCUCGCGCUUUUAUUCCUCUCGUUCUUAUUUGCUUUAGUGGAUUGCACUUCAUCUGUGGUUUUCCUUCCCUUCAUGGCCAAAUACCCUUCGAGCUACAUGAUUCCCUUUUACAUUGGUGAAGGAAUGAGUGGUGUCAUGCCAAGCAUGCUAGCUUUGGCUCAAGGAACUGGGGGAGACACCUGCUACAACGCCUCUGGUAGUGCGUCCUCUGAUGGACCAAGAUUUGGGGUAAAUGUAUACUUUGGAUUAGUAUCUACGUUGACAGCUGUCUCAGGAAUCGCAUUUUAUUUCCUUAAUAAUUUAGAUGUGAGUCUAAAUGAGAGGUAUGACAACAUUGCUGUGUCAAGCACUCUUCCUGCACAAUCACCUGAUCAGGAAAGAGCUGCAACUCCAGAAGAUACUGCUUCAUCUGCUUUGGAUCCUAGUGAGACAAAGUUGGCCAACAUCCGAGUAUAUGAUGUGUUUUGUGGUGAAAGAAGGUCGGAGCUUGUUGAUACUAAAUGGAAUUUUAUCCAGCUUUACACCAUCAUUGCCAUUGUUUCUGCCCUCGGAAAUGGAGUUAUCCCUGCUAUAUUGUCGUAUGCCUGUCUGCCUUAUGGUCCUACAGCCUAUCAUCUGGCUACUGAGCUGGCGCUUUUUACCAACCCAAUUUGUUGCUUCCUUGCUUUCUUCGUUGCCUGCAAAAGACCUCCUGUCCUUGGAAUCCUGUGCAGUGUUUCAGUGUUCAUUGCCACAGUCAUCAUUUACACAGCCACACUGUCUCCGACUCCUUGGCUCGUUGGUACAGGAUGGGGUUCCUUCCUGAUCGUCCUGCUCAACAUUCUGUGGACUGGAUCUACCUCCUACAUCAAAGUGAACGUGGCAAGUGUGCUACAGAAGUACGGCGAGAACACGCUGUUGUUCUGUGGUAUAGUCACUCAGUUAGGUUCAUGUUUGGGUGCUGUCAUCAUCUUCCUCGUCAACUUCAAGACUAAUUCUUUUACACCUUGUUGAGGUGGACAUUUUUUUAGGUUCUGUGUAACUUAUAUAGUAGAUCAAUAGCAGCUUCGAUGAGGUCAUUUUGUUACAUGGUAACUAUUUAUAAAAUCAAUGGGAGGGUUUUAAGAAUUAUUCUCGUGUCAAAUUACAAACCUUUGACAUCAUAUUUUUUGUGCAUGUACAUUUGAUUUCAUAUCAUAUUCGUCCAAAUAUUGAGAUAAAGGGGUCUUUUAAAGAUAAAAUGGCUUCAUAGGGCGUCAUCCUGAAAUUUAUGUGAAAGUGCCCGAAAUUUUAUUUUGAGAUAAUAGUUGGCCAACAAAUUCACGUUCAUGACCAAACUAAACUUUUGAAGGGAUCACAGACCCCAUACGCCUAACAGUGCCUGUUGAGUGACCACGCCCAAUUGUGGUCGGCCUAAAAAUUCCAAAUCAACCCAACAUGGGCGAUAUUUUUGUUGCUGCCAAUCUUAUUAUUUCAUAUAAAUUUGGCGAUCAAGUUCUGAAAUUUGUUAGAACUAGUAUAUCUUCAGUGGGCAAGAUCAAAAAUAUUUCUUAAAUGUUUUUGGUCGCAUAUUUAAUAAUGAAGCUCAUCAAGUCAAAAGCUGUUCAAAACAUUAGGAAUGAUCUCAUUUAAAUUGCUAUUGAUCGUUAACAUGAUGUCUACUUUGGCACAACCAAUUCCCCCGGCAUCCUCCCAUAAGACUGCCAUACCCCAGAGGUAGGCAAAGCAUCCACAUGCUAUCCUCUCGUGGCCCGUGGGCCACCAAGGCCAAGCCUCUCUUUCUUUUAUAAAUUUUUUAAAUGAUGUCUGGUUAUGAAUUUAUAUUAGUUUGCUCUCACAAAAUGGUUCAAUAGUUAUGUGUAAUAGUUUAAAUUAUGUAUAUUAUUAUUAUGAUAUGUUAAGUGAGUGACCCUCACACAUUUUACUUUUUAGUGACCCUUUUAAAUUUUCGUUUAUCACAUGUAUCACGUGUAUGUUUAAAUUAUGAAGUUUUCACUCAUAAAAUACUUAAAUAGUUUUACAAUAUAGGUAUUAGUUAUUACAUAUCACGUAUAAUUAAUUAUAAUGAUAUUAUAUUAAGUGAGUGACCCUCACACUGACCUUAAUAUAGUUUACUUUUAGUGACCCUAAUUAUUUUCUAUUAUGAUCGCAAAAACUAUUAACUUGACGCAUUGAAAUACCAGCUAAGAACUAUCCCACGCCCCUGUCGCCCUUAGAUGUUUCCUUUAGUAUCAAGUUACUAACUGUACCGACAUGAUUGUCAACUGAUUGCAUAUAAUAUCAUGCUACUUAGCUUGUAUUUGUGAAUUGUGAAUUGUGAUUGUUUGCUAUCACUAGGUUUUGUUUAUCAUCGAAUCAUUUUGUAGGUGCCAACUUUUAUCUUGUACAACCAAACACCAGACCUGCUAAUCCCGGACCAAGUUUCUUUAGCGGAACAUUAAGUUCAUUUAGAAUUUAUCUAACUGAUCAAUUAAACGUCCUUCAAAAUAUUGCGUCUGGGGUUAGAAGAGUCCAAGACAUGGUAAUGAUGAUAUUCAUUUUGUAACGGAUGUAAUUGAUAUCACAAUCCCCUGCUAGUUUAAAUUUAAUCAAAUUAUGGCUUCCAUAUUAUGUGAUUAUGUAAUUUGAGUGCUGCAGGCUGCAGCCUUUUGAUUAGACAUAAUAAGCUUCAUGUUUAUUGUAGAUAAUUUAUUGAACAGUAGUAAUUUAUUAUUCAUCAAACCAUUAAUUUAUU